CUCGCUAUAAAAAACCAUCAUCUUCACUGCCCCUCUUCGUUGAACUCUUUCCAUGAUUGCUCCAAUCAAAGUCGGAUUCGUCGGUCUCUCCAAGCAAGGCUGGGCGUCCAUUCUGCUUGCCCCGACACUGCUCAAGAAUGGAAAAUACAGCCUCACGGCCGUAUCCACAUCGUCUCCAGAGUCUUCCCAGGCAUCGGCGGAGAAACAAAGCGAAGAAGCAGGCCAUCCUGUAACGCCGUACUAUGGCUCGACGUCCAAAAUUGCUGCCGAUCCUAAUGUUGAUUUCGUCGCAGUUUCCGUCCGGUCGCCUAAUCAUUAUGACGCACUCAUCCCAGUCCUUGAUGCCGGCAAGGAUUUUUUCAUUGAAUGGCCGGCUGGAAGGAACACCAAGGAAACGUUGGAAUUUGCAGAGAAAGCUCAUGCGAAGGGUUUGCGAUCGAUGGUUGGGCUCCAGGGGCGGCACUCUGCUGUUGUGAAGAAGGUCAAAGAAAUUAUCGACUCUGGCAGAAUAGGAAAUAUUCUUUCUACGUCUCUGGUUGGCCUAGUACCCAGAGAGAUGGGAUACUGGGGCCUGCGAAUUAACAAAGCAAAUGCUGCCACUACAUUUGACCCAUCCGCAGGGUCCUCUAUGUUGGACAUCGCUAUUGGCCAUCAUCUCGACAUCCUAACUUACAUAUUCGGUGACCUCAGCUAUCUCAGCGCAUCUGCUGCAAUCCUUUAUCCUACAGCGGAGGUCGUCGAUGUCGAAGGCAACGUCCUCGAAACAGCCGCUAACACAGCAGCCGACCACAUCUCCUUCAUUGGGGCAUUCAAAUCCGGUGUCCUUGUCAGCGAGGUCUGGCGUGGAGGCGUUGCUGCCACUCAAGGCCGACAACAACUUCUAUGGGAGAUUGAUGGAGAGGAAGGCUCUAUCCGGUUGACAGAUGAUCAAAUGAGCUCCGCUUUCGUGAACAUUCGGGAUCCGAAGCUCUAUUUGAAUGGAGAGCUUGUAGAGGUGGAAAGCGCUGGGCUGAUGGGAAACUUGGCUGCCGGAUGGGCUGAGUUUGCCAAAGGAAAGGAGGGGACACAUGCGACGAUUGACGAUGCUCUGAAAAUCCAUCAGGUAAUAGAUGCCAUAGCCCUCAGCGCGAAAGAGGGCAGGAAAGUGACUCUUUGAGGUGUCGGGCGCUGACUUUUCAGCUGUGUUUAUUAGUUUCUGUUCUUUCUGCGGUUUCGCAAUGUUCUUGAAUGGCAUUUU